AGCAGGUCUAACCAGCUGUGUGCGGCUCCAGUUGGGCACUCACCUCUUCUACACAAGAUGGAUUCACCGGCACGUUCACAUACCUUUGAUGUUGUGCGUUGUUAUGAAGUGAGGGCGUGCUGAACGUGUGAGACGGGAGGAUUUGACUUCCUAAAAAUGUGAUGGAUCCCAAUCAGAGGAAGAAUGCAACGGUUCAGAGACAAGAUGCCACUGACCUCCCCGCGCCUCCUGCCGACAUUCUGCCUGCACCUCUACCAAAACGUGUCCCUCCCCCUCCACUCAGAACCAGACUGCCCAGUGCAUGUUUACCGGGUACACAAGGCCUUGCACCUCCUCCUCCUCCCCGCUCCAAAACACGAAUCCCCCUCCGCAACUGCAAAGAGCAGCUCUCCUUUGACCUCACUGGGCCCGCUCACAGACUGAAUCGUUCCCGAACAGAAAUACACGAUCAUGACCCAUGGACCAUCCCACUAGUAGACACCCCUCAGGGCAGCACCAAAAGGCUCGCUUCUUUUUGUGCUGCAACGUCCAAGCUAAUGUUACGCUACGGGCACGCAGACAGCCUUCAUAACUCGGGUGUGGUGUGGAGUCGCUUGUUACGGAUCCACCCGGACCUGCUGCAGCGGGUGGAGGUGAAUCUCAGCGUGGCCAUUGAGUGGGAUAAUCACCUGCUGCCCUUCCCCGCCACAGGGAACACGACCGUGAAGAGUCUGAUUGAUGAAAUCUCCCAGCUGCUCGACCUCACUCCCGGGCAUCGUUACUUAAAACUGUGCGACUCUGACGAGUAUCUCCAAAAUGAAGAGCUGCUGGGUAUGCACGAGACCAUUCAGACCUCCUGCAAGCUAAAACGAGUCGUCCCCCUCCGACUGCUCCACGAGAACAACCUCAGGCACCGCCUGUGCAGGGAUGGGGAGGACGACAGAGCGCCGUGUCAGCUGUACCGGCUCCUGCGUCCUGUUUGUGUCUUCAACACCUGCAAGUUGAGCCUGCAGGACGUGCUCAGCAGCUACAACAGAGAGGUGACGGGGCUGAUGAGAAGUAAGUGGGGGAUAAACGUCAAUACGCUCGAGUUCCGUGUUCGCUCCAUCUGCAAUCUCCUGUGUGGCCUCUCGUGUCAGGAGCUGGAGGACGCGAUCGGCCGGCUCAACAGAAUCAACCCCACACCUCUGAGUCACGAAGAGACGUCAGAGUAUGAAAUGGCCAUGAGCAUGCUCCACGGGGCGCUGCUGAAAGUGCUUCACAUCUUUUUUGACAACUUCCUGUCAGACUUCAGAGGUCAGGAGGUCACCAGCGACCUGCAAACAGUGGACGUGGAGGGCCACACUGAAAUCCUACGAUUCGACAUUUCUGCUCUCUACCAACUGCAACGCAACUGGCUGACCAAUUACGAAUGCUUCUCUCUUUCCUGUGAGUUGACGUACGGAGGAACUAAGAUCUGUGACACGGUCAUUUCUGAGAAUAUCAGCACCGCCUUGUCAUCCGGAAACAAGAUCCAGUGCAGCCGUGUGAUGGUGUUUCCUGUUGUCGUUAAUCAGCUGCCGUAUGAGUGCAUGUUGACAUUUCGCCUCAAGGUCUCCAAGCGAGGCAAGAGUCCUGAGCUUUUAGGCUGGGCUGUACUACCUCUCUACAGCGACAGGACUCUGGUUCAGGGGAACGUUCUGCUCAGUUUGUCCACACUGGCCGAGCUGCCUGUCCGUCCCUCCCCGGCUCUGUUUGAUGGCCACAGUCGGGCCAUCGGCGUCAUCCUGCAGCUUGAGUUUCCAAAUCAGCUUGAGUGGAGGUAUCAGAGGCCCAUCGCCCUCCCCGGCUCCUUGCUCUUCACUGAGCCCUGUGAGGCAUUGCAGAGGAAGAGGUUGAACGUCUCCAAGAAGCACUGCCUCUGCUUUCUAACACACAACGAGAAGGAGUUCCUCUGGGGUAAGCGUCACAGCAGUGACAAAGAAAAUACUUUUCUCCACCUGCUGCUGGGUGGAGUCCCCAAGUGGCGUCCUCAAGACCUGACGGAGAUCUAUACUAUUGUCGAGAACUGGACCAUCCUUCAACCCGAGGAGGCCCUCUUCCUGCUCAGUGACGAUUUUCAUGAUCAGACUGUGAGGAAGGCUGCAGUUCAUUACUUUGAGCAUCUUCAAGAUGGAGAGCUGGAGGUGUUUCUACCACAGCUGGUCCAGGCUCUGAGGAGCGAGUGGGAGUUGGAUGGCCCUCUGGUGAUGCUGCUGUUGGAGAGAUCAAUGAAGAACAUCCGGAUCGCCCAUCAACUCUACUGGCUGCUGGAGGACGCCCACACUGACCACUACUACCAGGGUUGGUUUAGUAAGGUCCAGGCUGCCCUGCGGCACUGUGGUGGCCGAGCACUGAGGCAGGAGCUGGAGCACGAAACCCGCCUGGUGUCUGCGCUGGUCCAGGUGGCUGAGAAGGUCCGCACCGCUGAAAAGGCUCAACGUAAGAAUAUUCUGAACAAAGAAAAAUUGAAGAUUGAUGACUUCUUCAGCGAUGGGAUCAGCUGUUGUCUCCCACUGGAUCCUGCGGUCCGUGUAAAGGCAUUGGACGUGGACGCCUGUUCCUUUUACAACUCCAACGCCGCUCCUCUCGGGGUCUCAUUCAUCUGCUCUGACCCUCUGGCCAAAAACAUUCGUGUCAUCUGCAAGACGGGAGAUAACCUGCGUCAGGACAUGCUGAUGCUUCAGAUAGUCCGCGUGAUGGAUGGCAUUUGGCUGAAGGAAGGGAUGGACCUGCGAAUGAUCACCUACAAGUGUCUCUCCACGGGCAGAGCUCAGGGCCUGGUGGAGGUGGUCCCAGAUGCAGUGACCCUGGGGCAUAUUCAGCAGGAGUGGGGUCUGGGUGGCACCCUUCGAGAAGACACACUGGAGAAAUGGUUCCACAUGCGGAACAAAACUAAGGAGGACUAUGACACGGCUGUGAUGAACUUCAUCCACUCGUGUGCAGGGUGGUGUGUGGCCACCUUCAUCCUGGGGAUCUGUGACCGCCACAAUGACAACAUCAUGUUGAAGCACAGCGGGCACAUGUUUCAUAUCGACUUUGGCAAGAUCAUGGGCAACGCGCAGAAGUUCGGAAGCUUUAAAAGGGACCGAUCACCGUUCAUCUUCACGUCUGAGAUGCAGCACUUCAUCACCGACGGGGGGCACAAGCCUCAGCUCUUGCAUGACUUUGUGGAUCUCUGCUGUAACGCUUACAACCUAAUCAGAAAGCGCUCUGCACUGAUACUCAGCUUGUUGGAGCUGAUGCUACAUGCAGGAAUGCCAGAACUGAAGGACUCGAGUGACCUGCAGUAUGUCCAGAACAACCUCCGACCUUACGACACGGACAAGGAGGCCACUUCCUACUUUACAAAGAAGAUCAAGGAAAGCAUGGGCUGUGUGGCAGUGAAGGUCAACUUCCUGACACACAGCAUGGGUCAAGGGAAGAAACAAGAUGCACAAAUCGGGAUAAGCGCCCCCUCUCCCAACACCAACAUCCAAAAAGCUUUCGUCGAGAGAUGCACCAGCAGGACCUAUCACCUCAAAGUAACCAUUGACGAUGGUUUUCUGAACAUUGACAAGACGUUUGGGCAGUUGGAGCUGAUUGAUAAGCAGCUGCAGAAAUACUUCAUUCAAACCAAGCUGCCUCAGUUUCCUCAGUGGUCAGUCAAGAUGUCAUUAAGCAUGAGUAGGAGGGUGUCCCUGCUGAACACGUACCUGAAGCAGCUUUUUGAGGGACCAUGCAAGGGAAAUGAAUUUGUGUGCAGCUUGUUCCUGGACGGCCCGAGCACAGCCCCGGCAAGUGUGGUGGCAGCAGCCCGUCCUCAGAUCCAGCUCAACAUUUCUUACACCGACUGUAAGCUCUCGGUCUUGGUAAAACACCUAAAGAACAUUAAGCAGGCAAACGGGGCCAACCCCAACGCCUACGUGGUCACGCAUCUGAGACCGGACCCUCAGCAGCUCUACGAGAGGAAGACGCAGGUGGUCCGCAAUAAUGACAACCCCACCUUCAAUGAGCUGUUGGAGUACAAUUCCAUCCCAGUGCUUCAUGGGAUGGUGCUGGAAGUGACGGUGAUGAGCAAGAGGGCCUUUGUAGCUGCUACCAACAUUAGACUGGUUGAAGAGCUGCUUGACAAGGAGAGGUGGUUCACCCUCGGGAACUGUUCAGUCUGACCUGGGAGCGCUGCACUGUACGUCUGCUGCCAGCAGGGGGUGCAACCUCACCGAGGGACAGAACCAAUCCAGAGAUUUCAUCCAAUGAAUGAGACAAACUCACCUGAGCAGUGUGCACUCUAAUUUAUACUUAUUCAUCAGACGCAACUUCAGCUCACUCCAGAGCUACACGGGUUGGCAUCGGUUGGUGUGUUUGGAUGACGUUACAAGACUGAGGGGAGGAGACUGUUUACUGUGGGAAGCAUCAUUUACCUUGUGUUUUUUUAUUUGUAUUUCAUGUCAAUCAAAUGAUGGAGUUUAACUAAUUAGUCAGAUGCUUUAAUGUGACCUUGGCGAUAGAUGAAUGAAAAGAAACUACUUGUUAGAGUUCUAUUUGCACAUCCGUUUGUACUUUAACUUUGAAACCUUUGAAGUGUGUGCGGUCAAUACCGUCGAUGUGAAGGAUUAAAGAGGAGGUGAUGCAGUGCGGUGA